AUGAGUAACACUGGUAGCGCUUCGUGUUUUAUUCCGGAUCUCAAAUCAUCAUACCCCGAUGAAGAUAACACGUUGGUGCGAAAUUUGUCAGGAAUGAAUUUACCGGAGAAAAUUUUAUUCGUAAUCGAUACGACAAGGGAGAGGAAUUGUACUCCUUUUAAACUUUCUACAGGAGCUAGCUAUAUGCCUUUGUUUAUGAUAAAACGAACUAUUGAGAAUUUUAUUUACAUUAAAUCUAUCAUUCAACAUAGUCAUGAAUAUGCAUUAAUGAUUUUGAAUUCUCACAGCUCUCAAUGGAUAUGCGAUUUUACCAAUAACACUAACAGCAUUGUUAAUCACUUGAAUCUUAUUAAUGAUGAUCUUCUAGAAGAAGAUAAAAAAUCAUACGAUUUUGGACAAAUGUUUGAUGAAAUACAACGAAACUUACCUCUACCAACAAAAGAACAUGACACAGCUGUUCCAACAUUUGUUGUCAGAGUAAUUUUAGUGUAUUCACGCUCCAACAGUGUACCAAAAUUUCAUAUUGAUAAAAGACCUUUAGAUACUCUUACAAGAAAUCCAUAUUUUUUUAUAGAUGUAUUGUAUGUACAUGAACCACCUUGCUCAGAAAAUUUAUGCGAAGAAGUUUAUUCUGAAAUAGCAAAAUUGGAUACAACAAAUUUUUCAUACAUAUUAGAAGUAGGAAGGAACGCAGCAAAAUUGCAUGACAGUAUGGCUAAAUUACUGGCACAUCCCCUACAAAGGCCACCUCAAAAAGAUGUAUAUUAUGCAAUUUGUCCAUCUCCUAGUUCUCAAGAAACAUGUAAUAAUAUUUAACUGUAUAACUUCUGUCUUCUGAAAAUUGUUAAAAGGAACAUUAAUUGAUAAAAUUGAAAAAUGAUGUCAAAAUAGCUUACAUGUGAAUUUACACACAUACAUUUGUAAUACGUCGACUAUGUUUAGAUAUAAAAAAUUUUCAACAGAUUGUCACGCACGAAAUAUUACGACAAGGGAUGGAUAAAAUAACAGUUUUUGAUUUAUCAUAAAUUUUAUAUCAAACUUUAUAAUCAUUUACAAAACAAUGUAACAUAACAUGAGAAUAUUCAUCAACCAUUCGCUCGCACGUAUUAUUAAAUGUAAAAACAAGAAGUAAGUUGGCUACAUACUUACUACAAAUAAUGUUUCUCUGCAAUUAACAGUAUUUAAUCUUUAAUAGAUAUGCUUAUAAUAUUUAUAUCACAGUGUAGAAAUACUCAAUAGAUAAAACUACUUACAAUUGAAAGUAGAUUAGAACACAAAUGGACGUUUCUCCUGCUUAACAUUUUCUUUUUGUUACAGUACUAAGUAAUAAAAUACGUAUAACGUAUUCAACUUCA